AAAAUUUCUCGUGAAUACUUCUGAUAGUGUUAAUUACUCCCUCCGCCCCUAAAAGAUUGUCCAAAUUUCCUUUUUAGUUCGUUCCUUUGAGUUUGCCUCAUACUGUUUUAGUAUAUGGUCCUCACAUUUUUUCUUUCACAAACUAUUAUUUAAUUUAGCAAAAAUACAAAAUUAUCAAUUCACUUGCUUAUCUUUUGUCUUCUUUCUUACUAAAGUGAAAAAUGUGGUUUAGGGCAAUCUUUUAGGGACAGGGAAAGUAAACCGUUACACUUACACCUUAAACGAUUGAGAAAUAAUUCCGUAAGUGCAAAGAAAAAUGAAUUAAAACAAAAUGAAACAAUAAAAAAGUCGUCAUCAUAAAAGUUGUGCAGAUGAGUACAAAAGGUGUGAGUAAUAGAAGCCCAAGGAAAACACCCAUUACAUUGGUGUGAAGAAAAACUGGACUUUUCUGCAAUCAAUAUACUCCAGGGAUAUGUAAGUCUUUCUCUACGUAAAAUUCGAAAUAGUAAUGCUGGCAUUUCCACAACAAGCAAGACAAUUACUACUACAGUAGAAUACGAUUAACGAAGUAGUCCAUAUUUGAAAAUAUGGGACAACCACGAAGAAGUGCACGAAUCAAAGGGAACUUCCAUGUUCUCUUUAGAUGAAGAACCUAAGAAUGGCAUCGCCGCCCCAGCAGCCAAUCAGGGAAAGAAGAAGAAUAAGAUGAAAGGGAAAAAAUCAAAUACAGAGGUGAUUGGUUGUUGUUAUAUUUGUGGGAACAAGGGCUUCUCAAAUGCUCUGAUGGACUGCUUAAAGUGUUCUGUUAUGGUUGCGCACCAAUAUUGUGUGGGUAUACCACCAGGAACCGUUGAUGAGUAUACUUGGUAUUGCGAGUACUGUCCUGCACCAACAGAAUCCCCGGAACUUAAGAGUAAAGGUAAGAUAAUCCCGAUUAGGGACCAGCCACCACCACUUCAAACUUUGCUACCGAUACCAUACAUCAGAAGGUCGGAACAAACAGAAACAAGUAAUGAAUGUCAAAAUGCUGAAGAGGAUGCUAGGAAUAUUAAUGAGACACCACUUACUUUUCCCAUUGAACACUUUAAUUUAGAGAGUACAAGUCAAGUUGUGCUAGUGGUAAGGCCAUCGGGGAAAGUAACCAUUUGGAAACGCGAGACUAUAUGCCGUGCUUCACCUACAUCUAGCUUGGAAACCUCCAUUCUUAAUAUUGUGACAGACGAGGAAACUGAUGGAUGCAGUAUUCAGAAAACUAUAGAGCUUGAUUAUGAUGAGGAAGUUGAUGACUGUCAUUCUAGUAGAACUGUUGAUAUUACCAAAACUGAAGACUACACUAAAUCCUUUUCUGCUACUGUGAUUGAUGCUUGUCACAACGACAAUAAGGAAGAUGUGAUACAAUCCUUUUCAGUUCUUCAUCAAGAAGGUUGUAAUGAGCACAAGCCUGAUGCCGUUGAUGUCAUACCCAUACAUGAAGAGGAAGAUAUCCAAGAUGGUACAGCGGGAUCAUACAGGAUCAGAUCAGACUUGGUACUCAUUCUCAGAAGAAUAAUCGAGAAACACGGAGAUAUAUUUCGUAAUUGCAAGAUUAUUGAAUCAUCUCAUGACUCUCAGCUGCUUGUGAAUAUUUGUGAACUAAUUCAAGAACUUGAAACAGUCCCCUUACAAUGUCUUCAACCCCAACAUGUCAACCGCCUCAGAAAUGCUUCAAAAGAGCUUGAGGAUUCAGGAGCAGAUAUAAAAUGGCUCAACAAUCAUUGUGACUACCUCGACAACGUUGUUCAACAACUAAGUAAGUGUACUAAGUCGAAGCAAGAACAAAUUCAAUGCCAGACAAGUCUACAGUGUAGAGAAGAGAGCCUGAUUUCGAUAAGAGGUAAUCUUUCUGAGCUUCUAGAAGAGAUUAUGGCUCUGGAAGAACAACUUAAGAAAUCCAAAGAAUAUAUUGAGAAGCUUGAAUGUAGCAUAGAGGAUACUAAGUCUCUAUUUAGAAACUUUGUAGGCAAGUCACUGGCUGAUGGACUCUACUAGAAACUCAGGUGAGCACAUAAAUUUGGAUAACUCGAUCUGUAAAUAUAAAAACAUGGGAUGGAUAGCCCUCAAAGCUCAACCCCCACAGCCUGUUAUUUUGACGUGAGGCGUGGCUCGGUCCA